AUGCCCCUCGACCCGCAAUGGGACUACCGUUUCCCUCUGCGGAAAGAAUUUCCCGAGGACCACUACAAGUACACGCGCAUGUUAUUCAAAUACUUCUUAGACCCUUCGUUUGAUGACUGGACGGUCAUGGUGAUUGAAGACGUUGACCCCGCCGGCAGCGAGAAGCUCAAGAUCGCCUCCAUUAGCCGAGGAGGCAGCACACGUAGAGAUGCCAACCAGCAACACUUCAACGCCUUCCACAAUGGUCAGGCUAAGGCCUACAAGAAGUACUUUGGGGACAUUGGGCCGGAGCAGCUUCAUCUCCAGAUCCUGGCAACCUUACCAGACUUCCAGAGACGCGGCCACGCGACUACGCUUUGCAGAUGGGGAAUGGACGUCAUUCGCAGAGAGUCCUUGAAGGACAUCUCGGUCAUGGCGAGCCCUAUGGGAUAUCACCUGUACACACGGCUGGGAUUCGAUCACCUUGCUACCGUCAUCAUUCAGGUCCUCGGAGAAGAUGAGAAACUUACUCUUCAAGCGAUGAAAAUCAUUCAUCCUCUCUCUCUUUCUACUCUCAUAGGUGCAAUGGAACAUGGGUGGAAUUACAUCUUGCUCUUCGUCUUCUCCCUCAUCCUCAUCCUCGCCAACGCAGCCUCGGUCCACAGCGCCAACACCCGUCGCCAACUAGUAGCCGCCAUCGAACCCAACACCGUCCUCGUCGAGCCCCACGACCAGGGCCAUCUUGCCCCAGCAAUGCCCUUCCUCGAACCAUUUACAGCCACAACAGCUCCAGCAACAACAGCAACAACAGCAACAGAAACAAACAAAAUAGAAGCAGUAUACCUCCCCCCCUCCACCUUCCCCCCCGAAGCAUCCUGCAUGAUGGCCAUCUGGUCUCUCAUAGUCGACAUCCCCACCCCCGGCCCUGCUCUCUCGGCCGCCCUCCACCAAGCCAAAGACACCCUGGCCCCUUCGGCCAUGGCAAGCCCUCAAUGCACCAUCACGCUUCCCGCCACGUUGUCAAGCGAGUACGGGGUGUACACAUCCAGAGUGAGUAGCUGGGUGAGCAAACACAGCAAGGAGCUGGAUACGUUGGAUAGUGUUUGUGCGGAGACGUCGCGAGAUACGGGGACGGGGCCGGGGUGUACGGCGCCGGUUGCGGUUUUUACUGGUGAAACUUCUGUUGGUACUAUUUCUACCGGUGCCACUUCUACCAGUGCCACUUCUACUGGUGCUAGUUCUAUUGGUGCUACUUCUACUGUUACUACUUCUACUGGUAGUACUUCUACUGGUACUAGUACGGCUGCGGGUGGCGGAAAAAGUAGCACUUCGAAGGCUACGGGGUCUAGUGCCGGGGUGAUGACAUCAACGAAGAUGGGGACAGGGAUGACAACGACGACGACGACGGUGGCUACUGUUACCAGUUCGGUGACGAGUUCGCUCACCGGGUCGGCGACAACUGUGGCGGGGGUGACGAGCUCGCAGUCUGUGUCGGGGCCGCAACAAGCGGGUAGUGCGGCGAGGAUGACGGGUGUGGUGGCUGCUGCGAUGGUGGUGGCUGGAUUUUUGGCGGUUGUUGUUGCGCUGUGA